GCGUCGACUCAGUACAAAUCUCGUGAUGUCACUUGAGUAGGCAGAGCCGAAGCAGAAAAUUUCUGAUUUCCGAAACUUUUGUGGAUAUUCAGACGAUAUUUUUUUAUAAAUGAACGCCGACAUGAUAGAAUACAACAGCGGGGAUGAAAAAGCCAUGGUGACGGACGAUGAAGACCAACUAGACACGAGUGAGAUGGCUACGGAAAAGUAUUUUGAACAAAGAGACUCUUGUAUGGAGUAUUUUGAAAAAUGGACAGAAUCUGAGCAAGUUCAGUUCGUGGAAUACCUACUUUCGCGGAUGUGCCAUUUCCAACAUGGUCAUGUCAACGCAUUCCUAAAACCUAUGCUGCAGAGGGACUUUAUAACCGCUUUACCGGCCAAAGGACUAGACCAUAUAGCUGAGAAUAUAUUAUCUUUCCUGGAUGCGAAAUCCCUAUGUGCUGCUGAGGUUGUCUGUAAGGAAUGGCACAGGGUUAUAGCGGACGGAAUGCUUUGGAAGAAGUUAAUUGAACGUAAAGUUAGGACAGAUCCUUUGUGGCAUGGUCUAUCUGAGAGAAGAGGAUGGGGUCAGUAUUUAUUUAAAUCAAAAGUUCCAGAUCCACCAAAUAAUGAUUUCUUUAGAAAGCUGUACCCAAAGAUUAUACAAGAUCUUGAGACUAUAGAGACAAAUUGGAGAUGUGGCAAUCAUGCCUUGCACAAGAUCCCUUGCCGCAGCGAAAACAGCAAAGGAGUGUACUGCUUGCAGUAUGAUGACCACAAGAUAGUCAGUGGAUUACGAGAUAACACCAUCAAGGUUUGGGACAAGAAAAGUCUAGCAUGUGUCAAGGUAUUGACAGGGCAUACAGGGUCUGUGCUGUGCUUACAGUACGACGAGAAUGUCAUAGUGACUGGCUCAAGCGACUCUACUGUCAGGGUGUGGAACGUCCAUGCAGGCGACAUGUUGAACACUCUGAUUCACCAUUGUGAGGCCGUCUUGCAUCUCAGAUUCCAGGAAGGAAUGAUGGUCACAUGUUCAAAGGAUCGCUCCAUUGCUGUUUGGGACAUGCAGUCGCCGACAGACAUCAGUUUGCGGCGAGUCCUGGUGGGACACAGAGCUGCAGUCAAUGUAGUGGACUUUGACGACAAAUACAUCGUGUCAGCAUCUGGUGAUCGCACUAUCAAGGUUUGGAGUACAUCAACUUGUGAAUUUGUUCGGACGUUGAAUGGACACAGAAGAGGAAUUGCUUGUUUGCAGUACCGGGACAGACUAGUUGUUAGUGGCUCUUCAGACAACACUAUCAGGUUGUGGGACAUAGAAUGUGGGGCAUGUCUAAGAGUUUUGGAGGGGCAUGAAGAACUUGUUAGAUGCAUUCGAUUCGAUAAUAAGAGAAUUGUUAGUGGAGCCUAUGAUGGUAAAAUAAAAGUGUGGGACCUACAGGCAGCGCUUGAUCCAAGAGCACCCGCCGGGACGUUAUGCUUACGCACACUGGUGGAACACACAGGGAGGGUGUUCAGACUACAGUUCGAUGAUUUUCAAAUUGUGAGUAGUUCCCAUGAUGACACGAUACUUAUAUGGGACUUCUUGAAAGAUGCGACAGGUGAAUCGAAGACAACAACAUCACGUACCUUCAACCUUCAUCCUAACAUAACUGUAAGGUGAUUGCAAAAUGGGAUACAAGACUCCAAGGCAGAAGGGACAAUGCUUUGCUUUUCAGCACAGAGCCCCUAAAAUACAGAGUAAUUUAUUGACAGGGAAGAGUAUUGGCUCAAAACACUUACAUGGAAUUGAGACAGAAGCAUUGGUUGACGUAGAGAGACACAGUUUAUGGCAGCUUGUCCUAGGAAUGGCAUCUGACAAAGUAAUACUUAAGAGUAUUGAGCCUUUUGCAGUACACCUCCAUAAUGGCUGCUGGAAAAUUACCUUCAAUGGUCCUAGAAUUCAAUAGAUUAAACAUUCAUAACUAACUUAAGAAAGAACAUACUCAAAAUGGUAAUCUCACAAAGUUUUUUUAGUUUUGUUAAUUUUUGGCAGCCAUUUUGGAAGGGAUUAUUCUUUUACCACAAGAUCAUUAAUCCAGUCGACUUUCUCCCAACAAGUGUCUUAUGCCUGCUUAUCACUGAUGAAAAAUAGAUUUGUUGUUGAUUCAAAAAAGAGUUCUAAGUCUAACUUGCAAAUUUGUACAUAUACAAAAUAUCAGUCAAUUAUUAAGUGGUUGAAGAAAUUAGGUAUUGUAAGAUGUUGUUUGUUCUAAAAAGUAAAUAAGGCCAGCAUUGUUUUGCUUCCUUGACAUUCUAAUAAAUUAUAUUGGAGUAAUUA